GGCCACAAAACAAUGCCGAAAUAAGAUAAAAACCGGCUGGCUAGGAAUCACCUGACUGAACAGAAGCACUGCGCGUUCAGACAACCAUGGCUGACGGCCACCACUGGAACAUUGUCAAGAUACCGCCGAUUGUGCAGGAGCUCGCCGCCGGCGUCCAUGAGCCGCCGAGCCAGUACAUGGUCGGCGAGAAAGACCGCCCUGCCAUCGCCGGCUCCGACAUGCCUGAGCCCAUCCCCGUCGUCGACCUCAGCCGGCUGUCUGCCUCCAAUGGUGAAGACAGCGCCGGCGAGCUUGCCAAGCUACGCUCCGCCUUAGAGGACUGGGGCCUCUUCCUGGUAAAUAAAAGGUUAUUUGGUACUAUAAUGGAGGGGAGCAUUCUCAGUGAGAUGAUCAAUGUGACAAGAGGAUUCUACAAGCUCCCACUGGAAGAGAAGCAGAAGUACUCCAACCUGGUGAACGGCAAGGAUUUCAGGAUCGAAGGGUACGGCAACGACAUGGUCGUGUCAGAGAAACAGAUCCUGAACUGGUGCGACCGGUUCUACCACAUCGUUGAGCCUGAGUCCCGGAUAGCCCAUAGCCUCUGGCCAACACAGCCUCCUUCUUUCAGAGAUGUUCUGCAUGAGUACACUAUGAGGUGCAGGGAGAUCACCAGCCUUGUGCUCGCCAGAUUGGCCAGGCUGCUCGGCCUGCGAGAGGGCUACUUCGUCGACAUGUUCGACGAGGACGCCACGACGUACGCGAGGUUCAACUACUACCCUCGCUGCCUGAGGCCGGAGGAUGUGUUGGGCCUGAAGCCACACUCCGACGGCUCGGUGAUCACCGUCGUCUCCGUCGACGACACCGUCAGUGGGCUUCAGGUGCUGAGGCAAGGCGUCUGGUACGAUGUGCCCGUCGUCCCCAAUGCUCUGCUCAUCAACAUGGGGGAUGGAAUGGAGAUAAUGAGCAAUGGGUUGUUAAAGAGCCCGGUGCAUAGGGUGGUGACGAACGCCGAGAGGGAGCGAGUGUCGGUGGUGAUGUUCUACGCGCUGGAUCCGGAGAAGGAGCUGGAGCCGGCGCCGGAGCUGGUGGACGAUGAGAAGAGGCCGAGGCAGUAUGCCAAGAUGAAGAUCAAGGACUACUUAAGUGGCUUCUACGAGACUUUUGCAAGAGGGACACGAGUCAUCGACACUGUCAAGAUGUCAGAAUGAGAUUGUUGUCGUAACGGUGUUGGAUCGGUGGAAUAUAGCUUUCUAAUAACUAGAUGAAACCCCGAGCUUCGUUGCGGGCACAUUUGAGAACAUAUGUAAAUAUGCAUAUUAGUAUGAACAAUUAGAUUGUAUUGUUUGAACCUAAAAACAAAAUACAUACCGAGCAAGUUAAGCUGCUUCUCGCUAUGUCAGGACAGCUAUAUAGCAAUCCUUUGUAUCAUUCCUAAUUGUUCAAAUAAAUUAAAGUGAUAUGACAUAUAA